CAUUUACUUUUGUUAUUAUUUUUUUCUAAGCAAUGCUGAUACGAUGUGCGCUUUUGUUCUCGAUGGUAACAGUCGGCAUUGCGAGUAAUGACACAUAUGUUUGCAAGAAUUUCGUGAAUUAUGCCUACGCAGAAUACUCUCCACAUUGCAAAAAGAAUGGAAAUACUAUCAUGGAUAUGCCUGAAUUGGCGAUGCAGUAUUGCAAAGUGGAGAGGUACCAAGUGAUAACAGAGGAUAAGUAUAAUUUAACAGUUUUCCGUUUGAAACCGAAAGGAGGUAAAGCCAAGGGCGUCGUGUAUCUGCAGCAUCCUGCUACUGCUUCGUGCACCUGCUGGGUGGAUAAGGGUUGGGACGAUUCGCUGGGAUUGAAGCUGCAUAAAGCAGGAUACGACGUUUGGCUGGGAAACUUCCGUGGAAGUUACUACUCGAGGAGCAAUUUGGACUUGAAGCCGGAUCAAAACCAAUUUUGGAAUUUCAGUUACCACGAGAUGGGCAUCUAUGAUGUCCCUCAACAAAUCGACCUCAUACAUAAAGUCACACAAAGGAAUGAUAUAGUGUACGUGGGUCAUUCGAUGGCUUCUACAGCUGCGGUCAUCUACGCUUCAUUGAAACCCGAGCACGCUUCCAAGUACGUGAAGGCCUUCCUCCUCAUGGGACCGGCGAUUUACAUGGCCCACCUCAGGACACCCAUCAAAUAUCUGGCUUAUUUUAAGGAUCCUAUUUACAAAAUGGCAGAAGAACUAAAGAUGCUGGAGGUAUUUGAACGAAACCUGAACAAAACCAACUUUUGCAGAGACACGUCUCUGGGAAUCUUUCUGUGCACCGAGCUUUCGCAAAUCUUCAUGGGACCGGAUUCGGGCUACGUGUAUGCGCCAAUGGCUUCAAUCCUGUGGGGCCAAAAUCCGACGUCCGUCUCUUUGAAAUCCGUCCUCCAUUAUUCGCAAAGUAUAACAAACAACGGAACUUUCAAGUUCUUCGAUUACGGGAAAAAAGGGAACAGAGUUGCCUACGAUCAGGAUACUGCGCCGGACUAUCCUAUCCACAAGAUGAAUUCCUCGUUCAUGCUGUUCGUUGGUGAAAAUGAUUUUUUGGCCAAUGUUAAGGACAACACAAACUUCUACAACGCGAUUCCACCUACUAGCACGAAGCUAGGAUUACAUAAACUGAAGGGAUUCAAUCAUGCCCACUUCAUGUACGGAAAAGAUCUCGACGAACUUAUAAACACGCCGGUGCUUAACGAAAUCAACAAAUUGUAUAUGAGAAAUCUGGGUGCGAUUUGUUUCGUCGCGUUUCUACUCCGUUUCGGUUUCGCUCAACGCCCAAAUGUCUGCAGAAAUUUCGUGGAUUACAUCACCUUGAAUCCGAAGAACUGCUGGUACAAUCCUCUGGUAGAUGCCGACGCUGAAGAUUUAAUCGUGAAGAAUGGAUACAGCUUCGAGAAAUACGAGCCGGUAACUGAAGAUGGGUACAUCUUGACGAUGUACAGAAUCCCAAGGAGGAAUCCUAAAGGUAUCGUGUUCCUGCAGCAUCCUGCAACAGCCUCCUGCACAGGAUGGAUUGAUAAAGGCAAUAGUUCUUUAGGAUUCAUUUUGUGGAACGCAGGAUACGAUGUUUGGUUGGGAAACUUUAGGGGAAACUAUUACUCGAGGCAUCACGUGAAUUUGUACCCAAACGAGUACAAAUUCUGGAACUACUCAUUUCACGAAUUAGGAGUCAUAGAUAUUCCAACCAUGCUUAAAGUCGUAGUAGAUGUGACCAAUGCGAAACCCAAAGGGAUUUCCUUCGUCGGUUACUCCAUGGCAAGCACGAGCGCUUUGAUCUACGCUUCAACAUUUCCCGAAGAAUCCAUGAAUCUGUUGAACGUGAUGAUCCUGAUGGCACCUGCAGCUUACAUGAAUAACGCUCAUUUUAUGCUCAAACACUUGAGCAGAUUCACGAAAGAUCUUGAGAUAAUCGCAGAUCGUAUUCAAUUGGGGGAAAUCAUACCGAAAAAUAGAGUGACUGGGAGCAUACAAACACCUUGCAAAACUAUGCCACUUAUGUUCUUUUGCCAUAUAAUGGAUAUGGUAACAUUUGGAAAUACAGAACGCUCUUUGGAAGCCGAAUAUUUUCCUAUUAGGAAUUCGCAGAAUCCUGCUGGGCUUUCAGUGAAAUGCUACUUUCAUUACCUAUACUUGAUCAACUCCGGGAAAUUUCAGAAGUACGAUUACGGUGUUAAUGGUAACAUGAAGUUGUACGGUAGUUCAACUCCACCAGACUAUGAUAUUUCAAAGAUCAAAUGUCCUGUACACGUUAUGUAUGCAGAAUUAGAUCAAGCAGUUCCAGCUAAAGACGUGCUAACUCUGCUGAAAAUGUUGCCUGAACGCACGAAGAUCUACGGAAGCACCUUCAUUCCGGACUACUCCCACAUAGGUUUCUUCUACGGCGUUGACGUCGUUAAUCUGGUCUAUAAACCAGUUCUAAAAUUAAUCAAUCAUAUUUUUGACAACCUAAAUAAUUAGAUACAUUUAAGUUAUGACAUUUAGUAUAUGGAAUAUCUCAGCUAUCAAAUGCAUCUGUUUGAA